AUGCUGAAUUCGAUUGCAGAGUACUUCCCUUUUCACUCUUAUGUCAGACAUAUAACGCCUGACGACCCUUUGAAGUUCAUAGAUCAAGACCAUUCUUGGGAUUUGUCGUCGUUCGUGGACAAGCACUGUCCUGCUUUCUCGGAUGGAUCGCUCACCUUGAUGCACCCCAUGCUUCCCACAGGCGAUCUGCAAACUAUAUAUGCUGCAUUGAAUACUUUUGAGGACAGAGAUAUUGUGUAUUACCGGAGAUUGGUUCUCACAUACGCCGAUGGCGGAGAGGGAACGGCAGAUUUCGCGGUACCCAAGUUCGUUCCUUCCGAAUACGUUCCUCCAAACCAAAAGAAGCCGUUGUUACCUCAUUACUCAUACUAUACACCAGAGGAAGCUGAAAAUCUACAUUCUGAGGAUACUAAGCCGCUUCUGAUUGCGCUGCACGGCCUCACAGGCGGCUCAAACGAGUCGUAUGUCAGGGCGUUGCUGCAUAAAAUUACCAAAGAUCAUGGCUUUGAGGCAUGUGUGCUCAAUUCCCGUGGUUGUUGUAAUUCGACAAUCACCACGCCACAGCUCUACAAUGGGGUAUGGACUGAUGAUGUUCGAGAUUUCGUUAAGAAGUUGCGAGUGAUGUUUCCCAAUAGAAAGUUUUAUAUGGUUGGGUUUUCAUUGGGUGCUUCGGUUCUUGCCAAUUACAUCGGUCAAGAGGGCGAUGAUACGGAAAUCGAGUGCGCUGCAGUAAUUGCCAAUCCUUGGGACCUUUGUAAUUCGUCUUACUUAUUAAGAAGAAGCUUACUGGGCAAGCACAUAUAUUCUCCCGUUUUUGCUAGAAGACUCGUUGAACUUGUUGAAGAUCAUUUUGAAGUGCUGAACAAAGAUCCUUACAUGGCUAAACUAUAUGCAGAGAAGUUACCAGGUGUUCGGACCAUCGAGGAUUUUGACAAUUAUUUCACUUCACGAAUGUUUGGUUUCAAUACUUCCUUCGAGUACUACAGAUUUGGAACCAGUUCUAAUCGUUUAUCCCAAGUUCGGACUCCCUUACUUGCGAUCAAUGCUAAAGAUGAUCCCAUUGUUGGUUCAGAAGCACUUCCAAUGCGGGAAGUGCAAGAAAAUCCGUACGUUCUUCUCCUCGAAACAAGCAAAGGUGGUCAUAUCGGAUGGUUUACCCCCAACGGUGAUCGUUGGUAUACUGAGCCUCUUGCCCAGUUCUUUUCGUCCUUUCAUUCUGAGAUUGCGUCAAAAAGCUUGAAAACUAACCUGCAAUCCAUUAUCCUUCCCCAUAAAAAUAAAUUUGUUCAAGAUCGUCUCGUCAAUGCUACUUUGAGAGAUUAUUAA